UGUCUCUGAGUGCGCCUGUGCGAAAAUAAACUUCGCUGACGUGUAGGGGCUGCUGGGAUUGAUCUGUCGCUCACUUUCUGAUGCCGAAUUGUUUGGAUUUGAGGACUUGACCCGUGAAGAUGAGCGUGGAAGUGGAAAGAAAGUUUUUAUGCAGUGCUGACACUCUGAAAACACUGGAGGAGAUUGGCGCAGUGUGUGUAGGCCAGCGCCAGUUUCUUGACCAGUACUUUGACACCCCCAAGUUUGACCUGACUUUAAAGGACAUGUGGCUGCGUAAUCGUAAAGGAUGCUGGGAGCUCAAGUGCCCAACACCAGUUGACAGGACGGAAGAGACAAGUGGAGAGCAAUCUAAAGCGGCAGCACUGUGUACUCGCUACAAGGAGAUAACCAACCUGCCUGAAAUUCAAACGAGAGUGAGAGAGGUCGUAAAAGACGUUUGUGAGCGCCGAGAGACGAGCUCCUCACAGGAGGAUGAGGAGUCUUGGCUGAGCAAAAUUAAUCUGGUAUGCUUUGCGGCGUUUACAACUGUGCGGCGGUCAUUCACUUUGGAGGAGGAGGGGGUGCAGAUAGAUCUCGACCAAGCUGACUUUGGCUACCACGUGGGAGAGAUAGAGGUCCUGGUACCAGAGGGAGGAGAUGUGCAGUCUGCCUUGGAGAAGAUUGAGAGAACAGCUCGGAAGCUGGGUCUGACUGGAGAUCAGCGAGUGGAAGGGAAAAUGAAUGUUUACCUUAAAAGAAAUCACCCAGAGCACUACGCAAAACUACUGAGUGAACAUGUUCUGUAACACAUAUUAUAUAUGUAAUGUAUUUUAGGAUGUACAUAUCUGUAAAACAAACAUAUUAUUUAUUAGAAAUUUUAAAAAUGUGUAGCUGUAUUCGCUCACUGUACGUUUCCUGAAUUUGAAACUUUAGACAGCAACAGGCCUUUGAAAUUUACACAUGCGGGGUGCUCAAUGGCUGCUGUCAUCUCCACUUGAACCCUUUGUGUCCUAUGCGCCACACGCAGCAGUUAUGUUUUUGUGUGGCAGUAAUAUGGAGAGUGUGGGAGGAACUGUGAAUACUGGAAAUAAAUGGGGUGCCAAACUGUCGAUUCACCGUUAA